CGGGCGAUUACGGUUGGUGCCGGCGACACACAGAGAGAGAGUGCAUCCAGGCCAGGCAGAGUUCGGCGAAAAGGCAAGCGAGCAGCCCUGCGGAACAAACCUCCUCGAGUUCUGUGUCUUGUUCUGUGAAAACGGUGCAUUAACCGGGACACAAAAUGGCAGCGAAUGGUAGCAACGGAAGCGCUAGUGGCGGUGGUGAUGCAGCACCAGCAGCCCCGGCCAUCUGCGUCCGGUUGGACAUCGUGGAUCGCAUGAAGCGCUGGGAGGGCAAGGUGGCCGUAGUGACGGGUGCGAGCGGGGCCAUCGGGGGCGCCAUCGCCAAGGAGCUGGUUCGCGCCGGCAUGAUCGUGUGCGCCCUGUCCCGGCGGCGGGACAAGGUAGAGAAGCUGCGCGCGAGCCUGUUCGACGUGGCCGGCAACCUGAACUGCGUCGAGUGUGACAUCACGGUGGAGGACGACGUGAAGCAGGCGUUCGGGUGGAUCGAGGGCGCGUACGGUGGCGUGGACAUGCUGGUCAACAAUGCCGGCGUCAUCACCAAGUGUCUGCUGACGGAGAAAAAUAACACGCGAGACCUUUACACGACGAUGGAGACGAACAUCAUCGGGUUGUGCCUGUGCACGCGGGAAGCGGUCAAAUCGAUGAAGGCGCGCGACGUCAAGGGCCACAUCAUCAAUGUGAACAGCAUAUUCGGGCACAAGGUGCACCAGGCCGUGCCCGGAACGCGCCCUCUGAACGGCAUGUAUCCUGCGUCCAAGUAUGCCGUUACCGCCAUCACCGAGUGCAUCCGCCAGGAGCUGAUCUACCUGAACACGGGCUGCAAAGUCACGAGCAUCAGUCCGGGCCUCGUAGAAGGUGACAUCCUGUCCACGGUCAGCAGCAACGAGAACGAGAUCGUCAAGUACAUGCCCAAGCUGAAGCCGGAAGAUGUCGCGGAAGCAGUUCUGUACGCCAUCACCACACCGGAAAACGUGCAAAUUAACGAACUGGUAAUUAAACCGAUGGGAGAGUUCCUAUAAAUAUAAACAUACUGGCCGCACCGGGGAAUGUCCCGCCUUCGCUUCGCAGGAUUGCCGGUCCAGCAGCCGGCGUGGCAGGCAGCUCUCAUCGCCCAGACCGCUCGUAGGAGUAGCUCGCUAUUCGUAGGGUAACAAAUCGUUUAUUUACAUACUUUUUGAGCUGCGAUUAAGCUCCGUACCGACGUGACGCGGACGGGGUGGGAAACACAAGGCAGCCGCGUUUGCAGCCGACUCAAUUGCCGCCUUGACAAAUUUUUACUCAUUAAGCGUAGGGAAGCAACAAGUAAACAAGGGUAUGCUUGCGUUUGCACGGGAUUAGCACAUUUAGGAGCGCACUUUUGGCCCCCGCCAUCAACUGUCCGACAUCUCCCAGGUUAGUUCAUCUGUAAAUUAUAUCUUCCGGAUCCAUCGCCACCCACGCCAACAGUACCAGAAGUAGCAAGCCAGAGUUGAUGCAUUCAAUGUAUUGAUAGUAGACUAUAAAUAGUAAUUUAUUUCUAAACAUCAGAA